UAUUCUUUUGAACGUAGAGACUUGGUUGGGCGAAGAAGUGUGAGGAAGGCCUAAAUGGGGAGUAAUACAACUCGUGUGAGUGAGCUAGAAAUGUUUGAAAAUGGGUUUUGUGCAUCUGGUUUGGUUUCACCUAGAAAAGACCAAUUAGCUGAACAAGAACUAGACGAUGAUGGAAGACCUAAAAGAACCGGAACCUUGUGGACUGCAUGCGCCCAUAUAAUUACGACAGCAAUAGGUGCUGGAGUCCUCUCGUUGGCGUGGGCAGUGUCGCAGCUGGGAUGGAUCGCCGGCGUUGGCAUUCUCCUACUUUUCUCGGCGAUUUCACUCUACACAGCCAAUCUCUUGGCAGAUUGCUAUAGAAGCCCUGAUCCAGUCACUGGCAAAAGAAAUCACUCCUACAUGGAAGCUGUCAAAACCACCUUAGGUGGAACAAUGUGCAUGAUAUGUGGAUGGAUCCAGUAUGGCAACCUUACGUCAUUUGUAAUUGGCUAUACCAUCACUACGGCCAAAAGCUUAGUGGCUAUACAAAAAUCAUAUUGCCACCGCAAAAGGGGUUCAAAUGCUCCGUGCAAGUUCUCGAAUAACCCACACAUGAUUGGCCUCGGGAUUGUUGAGAUUUUCUUGUCACAAAUCCCAAACUUCCACAACUUGUCUUGGCUCUCUGCCGUCGCCGCCGCCAUGUCUUUUGCGUAUUCCACUGCAGGAAUUGGACUCUCCAUUCACAAGAUUGUCACAGGACGCGAAGGCAAAACGUCCUUAUUUAUCAGGGUGCACGGAGACGAUGUGGGGUUGUCUGCAGCGGAUAAAGUUUGGAGAAUGUUUACGGCUGCUGGUGAUAUUGCUUUUGCUUGCAUUUAUGCUCCAGUUUUUAUUGAUAUUCAAGAUACUUUGAAGUCAUCCCCACCAGAAAACAAAGUGAUGAAGAGAGCAAGCGCCAUAGCAGUCUCGGUCAUGACGGCAUUCUUCAUGAUGUGCGGUAGCUUUGGCUACGCUGCAUUCGGAGACCACGCGCCGGAGAACCUUCUGGCGGGCUUCGGAUUUCAUCAAACCUCCUGGGUCAUUGAUUUGGCCAACUUCUUCAUCGUGGUUCACCUAGUGGGCGCAUAUCAGGUAUUGGCUCAGCCCGUGUUCCGUGCAGUAGAAACCUGGGCCAGCAAGACGUGGCCCAACUCAGGUUUCAUAACCAAAGAGCACAUAAUUUCAGUGUACGGCAAAAGACUCAUCAUUAUGAACCUCUUCAGGCUAACUUGGAGAACACUUUUUGUGGUGAUAGUAACCGUGGUAGCCUUGGCACUGCCUUUCUUCACCGACAUGAUUGCACUAAUGGGUGCCAUUGGGUACUGGCCCAUUGUGGUCUACUUCCCAGUUGAGAUGCACAUAGCCCAAAACAAGAUUCCCAAACGGACCACGAAAUGGGCCGGGCUGCAACUCCUUAGCUUUGUGACCUUUCUCAUUUCCUUGGCCGCUGCUUGUGGUGCCAUUCAAGGACUUCACAAGAAUCUCCACACUUAUGAGCCUUUCAAGUCCCAAGAUUGA